GUUGCGGAGAGACCCUUGAGCCCCUGUCGGCAAUUAUUAGAAAAAGCGAGAUGGCGCAAUGUGAGGUCCGCAGACAGCAACCCGGCUCUCAGGAUUCUGUUUGCGCGUCAAGUCCGUCACAAUGCGAUUCUCUUUGACCUCAGCAUCCUCCCUUUCACUACUCUUGGGGCUUUCUGCUCUGGGCUGCGCAAGCAACGUUCAGAAGAAAGGCAAUGUAUGUACCGUGAAGGCCAAUGGACAUCAGAAGGACGAUGUACCGAACCUCUUAGAAGCAUUCAAGGAAUGUGGCAACGGAGGAACCAUCAUUUUCCCUGAAGACCAGUCCUACUGGAUCGGACAGAGGCUGAACCCUGUCUUGAAUAAUGUCGCGAUUGAAUGGCGGGGAAAGUGGACGUUCUCGGAUGAUCUGUCCUACUGGCGCAACCACUCCUACCCAGUCGCCUUCCAGAAUCACGCCGCUGGGUUCGUUAUCACUGGACAGAACAUCAGCAUCAAUGGGUACGGGACUGGAGGUAUCGACGGCAAUGGCAAUGUCUGGUACACUGCAGAGGCAGGCGUCACGCAGCCUGGAAGGCCGAUGCCCUUCGUCUUCUGGAAUGUUUCCGACGUCGAGGUCGAAAGCUUCUACGUCAAGGACCCCCCGUUGUGGAGUCUGAACAUCAUGAACGGCACGAACAUGAGGUUCAACGACAUCACCUGCAACGCGACGGCUGUCGAUGCGCCGUACGGUAGUAACUGGGUCCAGAACACCGAUGGAUUUGACACGAUGGACGCCACCAACAUCCAACUCACCAACUUCGUCUACCAGGGUGGUGACGACUGCAUUGCCAUCAAACCCCGCUCCUAUAACAUCGACAUCCAGAACGUCACCUGCCGCGGUGGCAAUGGAAUCGCGGUUGGCAGUCUCGGACAGUACUUGGAAGAUUCCAGUGUCGCGAACAUCCGGGUUGACAAUGUCAAGAUCAUCCGAUACAACGAGGACAUGCACAACAGCGCCUACAUCAAGACCUGGGUCGGAGCACUCGUGCCCCAGGACUCGUAUGAGAGCGACUACCUUCCCCGCGGAGACGGCUGGGGCAGCGUCAAGAAUAUCAUUUUCUCGAACUUUGACGUGCAGGGGGCCAACGCGGGCCCCGCGAUCAGCGAGAGCAGUGGGGACAACGGAUCAUACGCUGGAACGAGCAAGAUGCUGAUCUCCAACAUCGCGUUCGUCAACUUCACGGGGUAUAUCAACACCACCAAGUCUACGACGUCCUCGGUCUCGUGCUCGAAGCUGUACCCUUGCUACAACAUCGAGUACGACAACGUGGUUCUGUACCCACUGAACUCGACUACGCCGGGCAAAGGCUCCUGCUCGUACACGGCUGACGGGGGUGUCCAUGGUCUGAGCGGAUGCUAGUGUAUCGACCUGCAGCUCUACGGUACUGCUGCUUUGUGCCAUUUGUAUCGUGGGGGGAAGGGGGGUG